CACCUAGGUAAACUACUCCAGACCAGGUUUAAGAUCAUUUACUAAAGUUAAGAGCUUUAAAGGAACAGUAAAUGGAGAUUAACCGGGAAAAUGGUAUGUGACCUGUAGUGUAAUUGUUAUUAAAUAUAUGGAAGAGUACAUGGAAGAAUUACACAAUGUGCUUUCUAGAGAGUCCUCUUCUGGCCAACCAAGUUAGUAAAUGGAGAGUCCUCUUCUGGCCAACCAAGUAAGUUCUCCGUGUCUUUUCUCUUUUUCUCGGUCAUAUCUUCCUCGGAUAGCAAAAACCACUCGAUCCAUUCAUAUGGAUUUGAUGAGGUAGUUUCCUCGUCCUUUUCCAAUCUUUCUUCUUCACCUCCCCGGUAACCCAUCAUCUCGGGUGAUAUGGCCAUCCCUGACCCCCUGCCUUUGAAUUAGGGUCCCUUUGACCUGGAGAGACGCGGAGAAAGAAACUCGGGAAGAGUGGGAGAACCGGUUGUAGGAUGUCGGCUAUUUCCCUCUCCCUACUGACUGUCUGGGAGAUUCGUCCCUUUAUGUCGAGAAUCCCCCUCAACAAGGCUCGACAACUCCUCCUGGACGGCAAGUUGUUCAAAUUUCUCGUUGUGAUAUUGAAAGUCUCGCUCCUAGAGGAUCCUUGAGUGUCAAUAUUAUGGACUUUUGCUUUCACGGGAGGCAUCUCCAACAAAUGGAACGAUAAGUGACUAUUACUUCUUCAACACAUUUUUUUACACCAAGUUGGUAUCAUCUGUAUCAGACAAGGUAAUUGGUGAAAUUUCAUUCAACAUGCUUAGAAAGUGGUGGGAUAGCAAUACAUUUCAAAAAGCAUAUAUACUUAUCCCAAUUUCUGGAAGUGCACAUUGGAGUUUGGUCAUAAUAUGUAUGCCUAGCAAAAAGGAUAAAUCAGGGCCAAUGAUCCUUCAUUUGGAUUCACUUUCUGGAAUCCAUGAUAGAACUAAAAUUUUUAAGAACUGUAAAAUGUAAGACAAAAACAAGCCAAAUGAUUAUCUUAUCAGAAUAUUGUAACAUACAUGUGUAACCAAAGAUGACUGCUUCGCCACCUAAUGGAAUUCUAAAACCUAAUAGACAAUUUGAAUCUUUGUUUUUAGCUUAUUGGAGGAAGUCACGUGCGCAGGAUUGUUGAAGAAGAAGUGCAAGUUUUUUAUUUACUGAAAACCAUCAAAUGGAUUACGUGAAACAUCAGACACAAGAUUCGAAAUUCAAUUUUAAAAUUGGCUAUUUCAUAAUUGCACUUCAAACCAAAUUGAGCAAGAGUUUUAGCUUUUGAAACUAGCUUCCUAUGAGUAUAUAUGUGGCAUGGUCAAUAUUGAGGUCUAAAUCAUCUAUAUGUGAUUCUCUUUCCAAAAUGGAAAAUUUAGGUUUUAUGUGAUUUGUUUUUUUCUGCCAGGUUCCACAGCAAACAAAUGGUUAUGAUUGUGGUGUUUAUGUUCUUCUCUUUGUUGAAAACUUCAUCAAAAAGGCCCCAGAAAGAAUGACAAAGGAACAUAUAAAAAUGUUUCAGCGGGAUUGGUUCACACCCAACGAAGCAGAGGCCUAUAGAGCAAAAUUAUAUACAGAACUUUCUAAAAAAUUGCAUAAGGUGCCAUCACCCACCCACACCACCAUUUCUUUGCAAGAUCAACAAAAUGAUGAUGACACUAUUACAUGUUGAUGAAUUGUCUUACGAAGAUGGUGAUGAUGCAGAGUCCUCAAAAACAGUAAAAUGUGUAGUAUAUGGGAAAGAAUGCUGGACUGCAACCUUACUUCCCUAUGUGAUCACUUCCGAUUGGAGGGAUCCCAUAAAGUCGUCUUCUCGGACAUUGUCUUUCAAGCUAUGGGUUCUACCUACCAUCUUCACUGCCUCAUUCUCUCAAGGAUCUAAUACUUUCGGUGUCAAACUUGCUUUUAUUUUAAUUCAGUAUGAACAAUGGUAAUGGCAGAAUUAUGUGCAUGAAUUCAAGUUGUGGUGAGUGCAUAUGUUUCUAUUGUUAAUUCCAUUUCAAAUGUUCUUACCUUUUUGUUUUUAUAUGAUAUUCAUUCACUUAUUCUAUAUUAAUUUUAUGUGUAAUAGUUGGGUUUGUGGGAAUGUGUUGGAGGGACCUUAGAAUGAAGCAAAUGCUUGGUU